UUUAAUUAUUAAAAUGAUUCAUCACCAGCACAGGAAGUUUUUUUUUACAUAAAUCUGUCACCAAAUCAAAAGUUAUAGCUACUUUCUUCUUUGCUAAGUCUUUUCAGAUAAGUUAAAAAUACAUGUUCGUGUCCUUGGGUGUACUUAAUAUAUAACAUUUAAAGUAAUGCUUACUUAAUAAACUACAAUGAUAUGGUCACUGAAACUAUUUUCUUACUGUGGACAUGUUUUGUUCUGAUCCUUUAACUGUGUAAUUUCAACAUCCUCAUUUCACUUAGGAAGCAUAAAUGCACAAGUUUGACUCAGGGAAUUUUAAGAUAUUUUGCUUCUGAAAGUCUUUUAAUCUUUUAAAAAAAUACUUCAAAAUAACAACAUUCCCCCUUCAACUAUACAUUAAUUUGACAAGCCCACCUCAUUGCUGCUAGCUAGUUUUAUUCUUUAAAAAAUGUACACUGUACAAUGAAAAAUGAAAUAAAUUAAUGGAUAAAUUAAACAAAAGGCUUUUAUUUUUCGCGUGUCGUGACCGGAAGUUUGAGUGUUAUUGAAACCAACUUCACUGUAACAUCACUGAGCUGCAAAGCAGCGGCAGCGCAGCUACGAUGCUGUCAGUGUUUAUCAGCCGAGGUGGAAAUAAUAACGAAACCCGCGGUUGAGGCUCCGGUUCGUCGUGGCGGACAUUUUAACCGAGUAGAAACAACAAGGACCUGUUUGAGUCUGACGGCCGGGGUUGCCGCUGUGGAGCUGCGCUCGGCUCCGGCAGGACAGGGCGGGGUGAUGUUUAGGUUCCGGUAUGAAGGCAGCAAGAAAACGGGAACCAGACGAGACGAGGAGACGACUGACGACGCGGACCGUUUAUUCUGGAUGAAAUAAUGAGAAGUUCGCUGCGUUGGUGUAACAGGGCGGAGGUGUAACCGUCUGAGGAGGGCCCUGGCCGGCGUGAAGCGUGUCUCUGCGGCGCCCCUCCGCUCCCUGUCCGUCAAUACAAUGAGGACGCUUUUUCUUUUCUUUUGUCUUUUCCUUAUUACCUGUGGAGCAAACCGGUCGUGGGCCACCGGAAACGUGACUGUGGACAGCAGCACCGUCACCGACCGGACGGCUGACCGGAGCAGGUAUAUUAACAUCGGGGAUGGCUCAUCACAGGAAUUCGAGUUUCCUGAGAACACGGAUGGCGUGAUUGUGAUCUCCAGCCACUACCAGAGCUCCGCGAACAGCAGGAAGGGUCGCCAGAGCUGGAAGGAGACGGUGAAGGUCCGCUCUCUGGACCCAGAGGUCCUGUCCAUUCUCAACGUGACGGACAGCGGCCACGCCGGACCAGUCAAGAGCUUCAUAAUCCGCAUCCGCUCCGGGUUCCCCGGCAUGGCUCAGCUGCAGAUCCAGUUGCUACACCUGGACCAGGACUCCAUGCCCGUUUUGAUCGAGGAGAGGACGGAUUAUUCCAUCAGAGUGGCGCCUGGUGAAGAUGACCCGGCCACCCGGCUCAUCCAGUCUGGGGGCUUGUCUCAUUUCACUGAGAACCCAGUCCUGUUUGCCUUGCUGCCCCUCAUCUUCAUCAACAAAUGUGCCUUUGGGUGCAAGGUGGAGGUGGAGGUGCUGCGGGGGCUGGUGAGGAGCCCUGUGCCCCUGCUCCUGGGGGUGGUGGGUCAGUUCCUGGUGAUGCCAUUGUAUGCCUACUGCGUGUCGUGUUUGACCUCACUGCCCAAAGCACUUUCUCUGGGUCUGGUCAUCACCUGCUCUGCCCCAGGUGGUGGGGGAGGUUACUUGUACAGCCUGCUGCUCGGAGGGGACGUCACCUUGGCUAUCUCUAUGACACUGGUCUCCACGGUGGUGGCCACUGCAGCCAUGCCUCUGUCCUCAGCUCUGUACGGUUGGCUGCUGGGCGUGCAUGCUGCCCUGCACGUGCCAUUUGUGAAGAUCCUGGGAACCCUGCUCUUUAUCGCCAUCCCCAUCUCCCUGGGCAUGCUCAUCAAGCUCCGCCUGCCUGCCCUCACUCGUGUCUUGUUGGUGCUCAUAAGACCCUUCAGCUUUGUGCUCAUGGUAGGAGGCAUCUUCAUGGCCUACCAAAUGGGUGCAUCCAUCCUGGCCAACGUCAAGCCCCAGAUUGUGGCAAUCGGCGUGACGGUGCCUUUGCUGGGCCUUGUGGUUGGGGCUGUCCUGGCUAAGAUGGCAGGUUUAGCUCCACUGCAGAGGAAAACUGUCAGCAUCGAGGUGGGCGUCCAGAACAGCCUGCUGGCUCUCGCCGUCAUGCAGCUGUCCUUCCAACGGGUGGAGGCGGACUUUGCAUCCCAGGCACCCUUCCUGGUGGCCCUCAGCAGCACCUCGGAGAUGCUCCUCAUUGUUCUAGGAUACUUUGUCCAUCAGAAAAUCGUGUGGCUUUGCUGUCCUCAGGAGUGACGCCUGAUUGUAGCUGCAGUUUUGUUUCGAACUUUUUACAAAGAAUGAACUUUUUGAAUUUUAUGGAUAUUUGGUGUCCCACAGGGCUGGCUACAAGGCACCCAACAAUUUCUAAUCCAUUUGUCACUGUUGUACACGGGACAGUAAAUGGACUCUUUUUGUGGUUAUUUUGUUGUCGUUUUGGUACAUUUUCAUAAAAACCAAAGGCCUUUUAUCCCUCUUGAGAAGUUUUUGUGUUGAUGUUACAGUUUUACAGAUCAGAUUAUACUGUGAGGUACUUCAUGUAAGUAUUCUUAAGGGGAAAAAAACAUUUAAAAAAAGAUAUUUUUCUACCAGAUUACUUUUUGUAAUCCAAAAAUCAAAGACUGAUAUUGUACCAUGUUUACAAGAGUUCUAUGUGUCUUAGCCUGAGGGGAUAUUGUGGAUUAAUGGAAAGGGUUUCAGAAUCAUGAGUAAAAGGAACAUGAUGGUUUUCGAAAGUAUUUGCCACUGAUUGUGUGUCCUGGAUCUAUACAUCCAUGUACUUGAAUAUCUGAAAAGAAAGCAAAGUAAAUAAAAAUCCUCGUCUCACAGGC